GUGGGAAGUGGAAAGAGAAAGAUGGCUGCCUACGGCGGCGGAGGCGACGGAAUGAUGAGAAAGUCUGAUGGAAACGUGUCUGAAACGGACCUCCUGCUUCACCCCGAGCUUCUGUCUGCAGAGUUCAUUAAACUCGUGUUACAUGAGAGAAAGAUAAAUACAGAAGAUAAUCAAGACCGUGACAGACUCACAGCGCUGUAUAUCCAGCAUGUUAUUCCUCUACCACAGAGAGAACUUCCCAGUAAUAGAUGGGGGAAAAGAAUGGAGAAGACAAAAGCACGCCAGGGCUCGAACAGUGCACAGAGCUCAAGCACAGAUAAUGGCAGGAAGAGGCCCCUGAUUGUGUUUGAUGGAAACUCCACCAGCACUAGCAGCGUUAAGCUGAAGAAAGCUGACGAUUUACCGGCAUCUGCAGUUACAGAUCGCUUAAAGCCCCCACCUUCCAGCAUCAAUCUCUCCAACCCUAUACGCAAGCUUUCAGGGUCUUCCACAAACUGUUCUCCAUCCUCAUCUGCUACAUCUUCCACCCGGGCUCCAGCAUCAACUUCACUUAGUACCAGGAGUCCUACAGGCAAUGGCAGCCUCAGUUCCUCCUCUUUGUCAUCCUCAGGACACUCCAGCAGCACAAACACAAAGCUGAAGCGUGGAGCACCAAGCGAUGGGGUGCCUGGAAGCCCUCAGGAGCUCAAGUCACCUGAGGUGAAAAAAAAGAUUCAACAUGUCACAUGGCCAUGAUCUCAGAUGCCCCACCAGAAGCCCUAAGCUGGAAGAACUACCAUUAUGUUUCAGAGGGUCUGUUUGCUGUGUCUCUCAGCUGUGUGCCCUACGACAAAGGAAGCCAUAAAGGGAGAACGAGCUUCUGCAUUGGAAUAUGGAUGUGUUCUUCGUUCUACAGUACCACAGUGCACGGUACCACAGUGUAUCGAGAUUCUCUCAUACAUGUGCCAACAGUGGACUAAUUAAAGAACUUUUCUGUUGAACGCAGUACCUCAUACCAAGUACUUCUGUAAAAAGUGGUAAUAGCUUCCUUUAGAAACACUGUUAAAAUGUGCUUUUUACCUGAAUAAAGAAUGGCGUGUGUUCACUAAAUCUUCUUCCAACAUGCAGUGUUUUUGUAGAAUCAAUCAGAAGUGAUUGGAAAUUAGUCCAUUUUGACUUUUCACCCAUUUAAAAUAGUUUUUUUGUUUUUCAUUCUAAUCACAAACUCUAAAGCACAUUAGUGAUAGUUAGGCUAUUGAUUUUGCCCUAUCAGUAGUGCUUAAAGAGAUGGCAUUUGGAGUAACAUUUUAUUAGGAUCCAAAUAGAAAUGUGCACAAUUCAGGAGUGAACUUCAACUUAAGAUUUUUAUUGAGAGUGUUCAAAGAGUGGAGUCAUUUGCUCAAGUAUAUUUCCUUUGUUCAACAAGGUUUUAAAACAUUGACCCAAUUUUUUCUGGCUGCCUAAAAACUGUGUUUACCUUCUCAACCACUAGGGGCUGCUAUUUCUCGGUGUCCCUUUAACACAUAUCACUUUUGAUUCAUAUACAUUUUGGUAACACAGAUUUUCCAGGAUGCAACAGCAGAAAAGGCUCAGAAUUGUUUUAAUGUUUUUAUUUGUAUUCUUGGUUACACACAGUCGUUACUGGUAAAUCCUCACAAAUAUAAUGCCAGACAGAAUCCUUUUGCUUAUUCUCCUGUUAGUUAGCAAUGUGUUAGGUCACAGUAAAACCACUGACAAAGAGGAACCAAGGGCUUGUUUAUAAAUGCUUUCUAACAAAUUGGAGAAAAAUGACUUCAGAGUCCGGAUCUUUAAGUAGAUUAACUUAUUAAUAUACAUCUUAAUAGUCCAUUCUUUUUUCUAAUGUUAAUAUUUUUUGCGGUUAUUUUCUAAGUGUAUUUGUUUAAUCAUGAAGCUUUUACUGCUCAUGCUAUAUAGAAAAUAAAUACCUAUGGCAAAAAA